AUGUGGUACGAGAUCUUGCCUAGCUUGGGCGUCAUGUACGUGUGCUUGGUCAUCCCUGGCGUGGCCACCGCCUACAUCCACAAAUACACCAACGGGCACAAGGAGAAGAGAAUUGCUCGGAACACCUAUCAGUGGUACCUGAUGCAGAGAGACAAGCGUGUGUCUGGAGUAAAUCAGUACUAUGACUCCAAGGAUUUGGAGAACAUUAAGUAAAACCAUGGUGCAAUGAAAGCAACUUAAUAAACAUGUAUUUGACAAAGUGUGGAGCAUGUUGAUCAUAAUCCCAUGAGGAGAGAGGACAAUAAGCUUCUAAUACUGUACCAAUAAAAUUGCAAUAAAGAAAUAAAAUACAGAUUGAAAUAAAUAAAUAAAAA